GCCUCGUGUCAUGUUAGUUUUUGGCUCCAUAUGUAUUCCAUACAUAUAGGAAGCUAAUAGAGUAGCAGAUUUCCAUUUAAUUUUUUCAAAGGGACUUUAGUGUUUGUUGUCCCUCCCCUUAUUUCCUACUUUACCUAGGCUUGCAUGCCAGGGCAGUGGGUGCUUGGUUAAGAAAAAGAAACUGACCCUCUUCCUUAUCAAGUAUGAAUCUGUGUGCCCAUUCCAACAUGCAGCCUGCAGGUGACCUGGAUACACUGGAGAGAGUGAUCAACUCCAGUCAACAUCAUGUUGAUGAAUAUGAAAGGAGGGUAAUGGGGCUUGAAAAAUGCGAGGGAGGUAGAAGUGUGUACCCUUUGGCUCUACCCAUUUCUCCUGGUUCCCUCUCAUUAACCCCUCCUAUUCUAGCUUUUCUUUAUCUCUUCCCAACACUAUACACUCCUUCCUCUUCCUGGGCAGAUAUUCUUCUGCCCCCUAGUUCCCUAGUAGAUAGUCAGGAAUCCUGUGUGGUUAUCCAGAUUGUAGUUCUCAUAUCAGAUACUUAAAACCUAACAUCCUUAACAGCAGACACAUGAAAUGUUUGUUGUUUUGGGUCUGGGUUUGCUAAAUCAGGAUGAUUUUUUUAGGUCCAUCAGGCCAGUCUUAGGGUUACAGAUUGCAAUGGCUGCCCUAACUGCCCUCAGUACUCCCUUUGAAGGCCAUGCAAAUAGAUCUACUUCAGCGUCAACAUUGACAGAGCUUUGAACAAGCACUGAGGGGGCUGGGCUCCUAACAGUGGAGUCUGAGGGGGGCACACAUGGAGCAUAAGCAUAGGGUACAGUCCGUAAGCCAGCUCCAUUGUGAGCUCAGAGCAUGUCACUAUGGUGGUGCCAGUGCAGCUGUGUUGCUAGGUGAUGAAGUAUAGUUCAGUUAACCCUGAACGAGCAGGUCUUGCCUACAUUUCUUUGGCAAGAAUUGGUGAUUUUAGCAAACUCUUAUCGUAUAAUUUGGGAGGUGGAGAUUAGCUAAAUGGGAGGGAAGAGAGGGUAAGAAGGUCCUGGGCGGCCCUAGCGCUCCAUAAUGGAGGAAGAUUUUGAAUAUGAUGCUCUGGCAUUGAAGUUCCCCAGAAGGGGACGCUGGUACACCCGUCUGUGGCGCUCCUGUCCUGGUUUUGGAUGCCUGCGUCAAAAGAAAACGACGAAAUUUCCCCUCUAUCUGAUCGGGUAUGAUCCCGUGGGUCGAUUACAAAGAGCGGCCUGUGUUGGGGACAUGGAGAAAAUUGAAAGUAUGAUCCAUGAGUGUCAUCAUCAUGUGGAUGAAUCUGAUUGGAGGGGCAGGACAUCGCUGCAUUAUGCGAGUGCCCACAACCAUCCAGAUGUAGUGACACUGUUAUUAGAAAAUAAGUCCAACAUUAACAUCCAGGAUGAUGAAGGCUGCACACCGUUGAUUAAGGCUGCGCAGCGGGACAACACACAUUGUGUUUGUGUAUUGCUCAGGCACAAUGCUAAUCCAAAUUUGAUGGAUUACAGUGGGAAUACAGCCUUUCACCAUGCCAUUUCCAGGGGCAGCAUAGCAAUUGUAAAGAUGCUCCUGGAGUACAACGUAGAUAUUGAAGCCAAAACAGAGUAUGGCUUGACACCACUGCAACUUGCAACAUAUGAAAAUCAGACUGAAAUGAUAAACUUCUUAGAAUCAAUGAGUGCAGAUGCACAGGCCGUGCAAGUGUCAAACAGGUACAGUUUCUUCUCUUCUACAAUCUUAGUGUUGUUCUUGAUGGUGAGAAUUGCUUAAGUCAGGAAUAUUAAUAUGAUAUUAAAUGAUUUGAAAAACUCUGAGAGAAAUAUUUAGAAAGCUUAUUACACACGAAAUAUGAGCUAGAAAAGAGACUGUUCCAACACAACAAAAGAACAGCAGUACCAGGAGUACUACAUAGCUCAGUAGUUCAGUUCGUGAGUCAUGAACCAAGACAAAGAAUAAGCUAGAUCAGCUGUUGGUCCACUUCAGUAUUUUUUAUUUUGACACAGUUUGCCACUGAAUUAAAGGUCAUGUGUGUCAUUGGCAAAUGUUCUACCAUGAAUAAACACCCCCAGUCCCUGAGUCUGAAAUUUUAUAAUUUCUGACCUUAAAAAUGACAGUAUAAGCCAUAUCUUUAGAAUUAUAUGUUACAUAAUCACAGGUAAUAAAUAGUGUUUCCUAAUGAUCUGUUUGAAAUGUCCAAUGCAGUAGAAAACUACCUUUUGCUAGGAGGUGUUCGGUAAACUUUCAUCCUGUAAUUAACUAGCAAUGUUGGUGAUAUUGCAGUCCAAGACAUUUUUGUGUCACAUUUCAGAUGGAGCUUUUAAUGUGGAUAUAUAAAUAGUUCAUUUCCUUCCACAUAUUCUGGUAUUUUAGAAUUAUAAAUCUUCUCCUAGAUUUUGUGAAUGUUUAGCUCUAAAAAAAUUGAUCUUACAAAGCUAUAUUCCCUUCCAUAUGAAAUAAAAUUAUUAUGCUGAAAUUCCCUGUUUAGUACACAUGUUUACCUAAUGUUUAUGUUGAGCCAUUAUUUCCAGACAACAGAUCUGUGCUUUAAGGUGAGCCUUUCUAGAGAGAGCUCACUCUCCUUUCAAAACUUAAUGCUCUUUGAAAUAUUUAAUUUUAUUUUUUCUUAUUCAUUUUACAUCAAACUCACUGACCCUGUCUCAGUCUCCCUAUUCCACAGUCCUUUCUGGUUCCCCUUCCCCUUCACCUCUGAGCAGUCAUGGAUCCCCUAUGUAUCCCCACACCCUGGCACUUCAAGUCUCUGCAAGGGUAGACACUUCCUCUCUCUCCAAGGUCAGAGAAGGCAGCUCAGCUAGAAGGAGGUAUCCCAUGUAUAAGGAACAGCUUUUUGAUAGGCCCCAUCCCAGUUGACUGGGACCUAUAUGAAAAUCCAGCUGCUCUUCUGCUACAUAUGAGUGGGAAGGUGUGAGUCCAGCCCGUGUAUGUUCUGUGGUUGGUGGUUCAGUCUCUGAGAGCCCCAGGCGUCCAGGUUAUUUCACUCUGUUGUUUGUCCUCUGGAGUUCUUAUCUCCUUGCAGACCUGGAAUCUUUCCUCCUAGUGUUCCCUAAGAGUCUACUGCCAUACAUCCCUGAGCAAGGCAAAUAUUCUCUUUAGAGUUUUUAAGAGGGAGGGAGGAGAGAGAGAGAGAGAGAGAGAGAGAGAGAGAGAGAGAGAGAGAGACAGAGAGACAGAGAGACAGAGAGA